AUGGACUUUACAUACCGCUACUCAUUUGAGCCUACAGAUUACGACACUGACGGUCUGUGUGAUGGUGUUCCAGUACGUAUGCACAAGGGUGCAGACCUGGAUGAAGUUGCCAUCUUCAAAGCCCAGUACGACUGGGAGAAGCAUGUUGGUCCAAAGUUGCCCUUUCGAGGUGCUUUAGGUCCUAGACACAACUUUAUCUGUCUUACGCUACCUGAGUGUCUGCCUGAGAGGUUAGAGAUUGUGUCUUAUGCCAAUGAGUUUGCUUUCCUUCACGAUGAUAUCACUGAUGUUGAGUCAGCUGAAACGGUUGCUGCUGAGAAUGAUGAGUUCCUUGAUGCCCUUCAACAGGGUGUUCGAGAAGGCGACAUCGAGAGUCGUGCUUCUGGAAAGCGUCAUCUUCAAGCUUGGAUCUUCAAACAGAUGGCUGCCAUUGAUCGUGAGCGAGCCAUAGCAGCCAUGAACGCUUGGGCCACUUUCAUCAACACAGGUGCUGGAUGCGCCCACGACACAAACUUCAAGUCGCUCGAUGACUAUCUCCACUAUAGAUCUACAGAUGUCGGCUACAUGUUCUGGCAUGCUCUCAUCAUCUUUGGUUGUGCCAUCACUAUACCCGAGCAUGAGGUUGAGCUCUGCCACAAACUUGCUCUCCCAGCCAUCAUGUCAGUCACUCUGACAAAUGACAUCUGGUCAUACGGUAAGGAGGCAGAAGCGGCAGAGAAGUCCGGUAAGCCUGGCGACUUUGUCAAUGCUCUUGUUGUCUUGAUGAGGGAACACAACUGUUCUAUCGAAGAGGCCGAGCGCCUCUGUAGAGCACGAAACAAGACCGAAGUAGCAAAGUGUCUCCAGAUCACGAAGGAGACACGUGAGCGAACCGAUGUUUCUCAAGAUCUCAAGGACUAUCUGUACCACAUGCUGUUUGGUGUCAGUGGAAACGCUAUCUGGAGCACUCAGUGCCGAAGAUACCACAUGGAUGCACCCUACAAUGAGCGACAGCAGGCCAGACUCAACCAGAAGAAGGAGGAGCUUUCUUCAACGUAUGACCCUAUUCAGGCUUUUAAGGAGGCGAUGCAGGAGUCUACUCGGCCUGAGAUUCAUAGGCUGCCUACUCCUGACAGUCCUGCUAAGGAGAGCUUUGCUGUUCGGCCUCUAGUCAAUGGUACUGGGGAGUUUGACGGCAACGGCUACGUCAAUGGUCACGAGUCCAACGGACUUCCCAAGCCUGUUGUCAAUGGGCACUCUGAUGCUGAGGAGCGUCCCGCCUUUGAGAGGAAGGGCUCUACUAAGCGUGCUACCUCAGCGGAUGACAUUGAUUGGACGGCACACAAGAAGGUGGACCAUGGCAAUGGUCACAAGAAGACUCUGUCAGAUCUCAUGCUACAAGACCUGCCUCCCAUGGAAGAUGAUGUUGUCAUGGAACCAUACCGAUAUCUCUGCUCCCUUCCCUCAAAGGGUGUUAGAAACAAGACUAUUGAUGCUCUUAACUUCUGGCUCAAGGUCCCUGCCGAGAGAGCAAACACCAUUAAGUCCAUCACCGAGAGCCUCCAUGGCUCAUCACUCAUGCUUGAUGAUAUCGAGGACCACUCUCAGUUAAGACGUGGCAAACCUUCAGCGCACGCCGUCUUUGGCGAGGCUCAAACCAUCAAUUCUGCUACCUUCCAGUAUAUCCAAUCUGUUAGUCUGAUCAGCAAGCUUCAGAGCCCCAAGGCUUUGGGUAUCUUCGUUGAUGAGAUUCGACAACUCUUCAUUGGCCAGGCUUACGAGCUUCAGUGGACUUCCAACAUGAUUUGUCCAUCUUUGGAGGAGUACCUCCAAAUGGUAGACGGAAAAACCGGUGGUCUAUUCCGCCUCCUUACACGCCUUAUGGCCGCCGAGUCCACAACCGAGCAAGAUGUCGACUUUAGCCGUCUUUGUCAGCUCUUUGGCCGCUACUUUCAGAUUCGCGAUGACUACGCCAAUCUCAAACUCGCCGACUACACCCAGCAAAAAGGCUUCUGCGAAGACCUUGACGAGGGAAAAUUCUCUCUACCGCUCAUCAUCGCCUUCAACGAACAGAACAAAGCUCCCAAGGCCGUUGCUCAACUCCGCGGUCUGUUGAUGCAGCGCUGCGUGAACGGAGGACUUACCUUUGAGCAGAAGGUCCUAGCGCUGAGUCUUAUCGAUGAGGCUGGUGGUAUUGAGGGUACAGAGAAGGUUUUGCAUUCUCUUUAUGGUGAGAUGGAGGCUGAGUUGGAGAGAUUAGCUGGAGUCUUUGGCGAGGAGAAUUGCCAGCUUGAACUCAUUCUUGAGAUGUUGCGCAUAGAUUAG